UCUAUGAAAAUUGACAAGCAAAUGCUUUCGUCCGCCAUAAUCAUUUGCGGAAUUUGUUAUCAAACAGCAGGCGAACAAAACCAGUGUGUUUAUAGUUUUUUAGUGAGCAAUGGCUAUAGUUGAGGACGAAGUUAGAAAUGAAUCGGAAGAAGAGAAUGAAAUUGAGGUGGUAGUGGAAGAGGAGGAGAAUGACGGAGCAGACUCUGACGACUCAGAUGUAUGCACGCCCGAUGAAGAUGAGGAUAUGAUCUUGGAGAGGAAAGUGAAGGAGCUGGAAGCACGCAUUGCAGAAGACCCUUACAACUAUGAUGAACAUGUUGAUCUUAUCCAAGCAUUGUGGGGCUUAUCCUCACUGGAGCGCUGGCGCUCUGCCUUCGAGCGUCUACAACAGCUGUCAUCUCUGCGGGCGGAGCACUGGCUGCUUCGACUGCAGACUGAAGUGUCGUUAGCACACACAGAUGUGUCUCGUGAGAGAGUGGCCAAGCUGUUCCAACAAGCUGCGCUUGAUUGCUACUCAAUCCCGAUACUAAGCGAGUGGUGUUCCUGGUCGCUAACGUUCGGCGAGGCGGACAAGGCGCGAGCACAACUCGAAGAGGUGAUCAGACGCGCUGGCGCCGACCCAUUCUCCGGGAAGAUAUUCUGGGAUGCUAAGCUGGAACUGGAGAAAGCACAGUUGGAAACUAUGAGGGAGGAAGACACAGAGUACGUAGCACAAAAGGAGCGGGUGCUAUGGUGCCUUGAAGAGGCAGUGUCCCGGCCGCUGCUGAGGGGAGAGGACGCCUUACAACAGAUGGAGGAACUCGCGCUGUCCUUGCAUGAUCAGGACUAUGUUGAUAAGGUGAAGAAACAACAUGAAUCUGCAGCAGAUUUUUUGAACAAAAUAACGCCAUUUGAGGACAAGCUAUUGACCUUAGAGAAUCCAGACGAGAAAUGCCAAGUGUACCAGGAGUACAUAGAUACAGUGAAGGAUCUGUCCCUAGAUGAGAAGUACGCUGAAUGUGAUAGUAAUGGAAUAUUGAGGGUGCUGUACGACCGCGCGACCACCGACUGCGUAGUGUGCGCGGGCUCCUACGAGCUGCUCGUCGCAUACGCUCGUCACGCGCACGCGCACUCCUCGCGCAGCACGUACUCGCGCGUGCUGGACUCGUGCGGCCGCCGCUGUCCGCGCCGCGCCACCUUCUGGACGCUCGCCAUGCAGCAGGCGGAGCACGAGGGGAGGGGGUUCGAGGAGGUGAAGUCAAUAUUCGAGACUGCCCUCUCGAAAGGCAUGGAGACAUACAAACAGAACGAGGCUCUCUGGCUAAGCUACUUGGAGUACACGCGGCGACGCACACAGCUCGACAAUGAGGAUGAUGUCGAGAAGAUGCGAAGGACGUUCCGACUGGCUUGGGAUUCACUUGCUGAGGCUUGGGGCGAAGAGGCAAACGACUGUGAAGUGCCCUUAUAUUGGGCCCGCCUCGAGUACAAGGUGUUAAACGAACCCAAACAAGGAAAAGAGAUCUUCGAGGAAAUAUUCAAAUACGGCGAAAACAAGACCAUGUCGAAGUACUGGGAGGCUCUUAUAACAUUAGAAAGUAAUCGAAGUCCGAAACCUUCUGAGAACAAACUGCGCGAUUUGAUGCGUCGAGCGCUACGGUCGGUGAAGGACUACCCGCCGUCCAUAGCGAGGCUGUGGACCGACUACGAGAGGGACCACGGACAUCUCAGCACUUUGAGGGAGUGUGUAGACGCUUGUGAGGCAAAAACAAAAGAAUGGCGUGAAAGUUACCAAGCAAUGAAGGACAAGAUGAUUGGUAACAAGAAACAGCAGAAAGGCAAGCCUGACAAUAAGAAGUCCAAGUUCGACAAGAAGAAGUCUAAAGACGACUUCAAAGACAAGGGCAAAGGGAAACGGAAGUCGGAUGGGGCUGAUGAAGGCAGUAAGGGGAAGAGGAAGAAGGAAGUUGAGAUGGAAGUAGAUCAAGAGGAUACGGGGGGAGUUAAGAGAUCUCAUGAUGAUGAAGAAGAGGAAGAAGUGGUUGAGAGCAAGCGUCAACGCACGGACAGCACGAGUCCGCAUCGACUGGGCACCAGGGACGCGUGCACUCUCUUCGUCAGCAACCUGGAGUUCAAAGUGGACGAGCAGAGACUCCGAGACAAGUUGUCACAAUACGGCGAUAUCAUCUCACUGCGAGUUAGGAAGGGCAUCAAAGCGUUCGGCGGAUCCAUCUGUUAUUGCCAAUAUAAAACUCCAGAAGCAGUAGAUGAAGCAUUAAAACACGACAGGAUGCCACUAGACGGGCGUCCGAUGUUCCUCUCCCGGUACUCAGCUAAGAAGUCCAAGCCCACGUUCAAAUACUCCACAGAAGCGGAGAAGAACAAACUGUUUGUGAAGAACCUUCCCUUCUCGCAUUGUACUAAGGACGCGUUGGCUGAUGUCUUCGAUAAGUACGGCAAAUUGAAGGACGUACGGGUGGUCACGCAUAAGGACGGCAAACCAAAAGGCCUCGCCUACAUAGAGUAUGAAGACGAGAGUUCAGCAGCAGCCGCCGUCACCAACACACACGGCAUGACGCUCGCAGACCGCAAGCUCGACGUAGCGCUCAGUGCACCGCCGCCGCGACACACCGACCUGCCUGCACUCGGCCUCGCCAAGCGAGACGCGGGCGGUGGCAUGUAUGUAUACUGUAGUUAUAGUAACAACACACACGACACACCGAGCUGCCUGCACUCGGCCUCGCCAAGCGAGACGCGGGCGGUGGCAUGUAUGUAUACUGUAGUUAUAGUAACAACACACACGACACACCGAGCUGCCUGCACUCGGCCUCGCCAAGCGAGACGCGGGCGGUGGCAUGUAUGUAUACUGUAGUUAUAGUAACAACACACACGACACACCGAGCUGCCUGCACUCGGCCUCGCCAAGCGAGACGCGGGCGGUGGCAUGUAUGUAUACUGUAGUUAUAGUAACAACACACACGACACACCGAGCUGCCUGCACUCGGCCUCGCCAAGCGAGACGCGGGCGGUGGCAUGUAUGUAUACUGUAGUUAUAGUAACAACACACACGACACACCGAGCUGCCUGCACUCGGCCUCGCCAAGCGAGACGCGGGCGGUGGCAUGUAUGUAUACUGUAGUUAUAGUAACAACACACACGACACACCGAGCUGCCUGCACUCGGCCUCGCCAAGCGAGACGCGGGCGGUGGCAUGUAUGUAUACUGUAGUUAUAGUAACAACACACACGACACACCGAGCUGCCUGCACUCGGCCUCGCCAAGCGAGACGCGGGCGGUGGCAUGUAUGUAUACUGUAGUUAUAGUAACAACACACACGACACACCGAGCUGCCUGCACUCGGCCUCGCCAAGCGAGACGCGGGCGGUGGCAUGUAUGUAUACUGUAGUUAUAGUAACAACACACACGACACACCGAGCUGCCUGCACUCGGCCUCGCCAAGCGAGACGCGGGCGGUGGCAUGUAUGUAUACUGUAGUUAUAGUAACAACACACACGACACACCGAGCUGCCUGCACUCGGCCUCGCCAAGCGAGACGCGGGCGGUGGCAUGUAUGUAUACUGUAGUUAUAGUAACAACACACACGACACACCGAGCUGCCUGCACUCGGCCUCGCCAAGCGAGACGCGGGCGGUGGCAUGUAUGUAUACUGUAGUUAUAGUAACAACACACACGACACACCGAGCUGCCUGCACUCGGCCUCGCCAAGCGAGACGCGGGCGGUGGCAUGUAUGUAUACUGUAGUUAUAGUAACAACACACACGACACACCGAGCUGCCUGCACUCGGCCUCGCCAAGCGAGACGCGGGCGGUGGCAUGUAUGUAUACUGUAGUUAUAGUAACAACACACACGACACACCGAGCUGCCUGCACUCGGCCUCGCCAAGCGAGACGCGGGCGGUGGCAUGUAUGUAUGCUGUAGUUAUAGUAACAACACACACGACACACCGAGCUGCCUGCACUCGGCCUCGCCAAGCGAGACGCGGGCGGUGGCAUGUAUGUAUGCUGUAGUUAUAGUAACAACACACACGACACACCGAGCUGCCUGCACUCGGCCUCGCCAAGCGAGACGCGGGCGGUGGCAUGUAUGUAUGCUGUAGUUAUAGUAACAACACACACGACACACCGAGCUGCCUGCACUCGGCCUCGCCAAGCGAGACGCGGGCGGUGGCAUGUAUGUAUGCUGUAGUUAUAGUAACAACACACACGACACACCGAGCUGCCUGCACUCGGCCUCGCCAAGCGAGACGCGGGCGGUGGCAUGUAUGUAUGCUGUAGUUAUAGUAACAACACACACGACACACCGAGCUGCCUGCACUCGGCCUCGCCAAG